AUGAAACCAACUUCUUCUUCUUUGUGCAAGUUCAAACCAUUGGUAAUACCUCCUCCUGUUGAUGGAGGUGGAGUUGGAGUAGCGGUUCCUCUGAAUGAAAACAGUGAGGUACAUGCUAUCAUGGCAGAAACACUGCCGAGGUAUGUAAUACUCCAAUCAGAUUAUAAUGACAAAUACUUGCGCUCUGUUGAAGGCAAUUCGCAGGUUCCUCUGGCUCUCAAAUUCGGAGGUGAAUACAGUUUCGAUCGUGACACGAGGUUUGAGUUGGAGAAGGGGAAAGACAAGGAUGCUGCCGGACUGUUUAAUAUCAGAUGUAUGUACAACAACAAGUACUUGUCAACUGUAAGCGCAACUAACAGCUGGAUCACUGCCGUUGCUGCUGAACCUGAGGAGGAUCAAACAAAAUGGUCGUGCACACUUUUCCAGCCUGUUUUCGUAACUGCUGGUGAUAAUACGAAGGUACGAUUUCGCCAUAUGGCUACUGGCAUUUUUGCUUGCUUACAGACGGGCGUUUCCACUCUUGUUGACUGCUUAAAGGCGGAUAGAGAUGGGUACGACAAGUUUCUUGUCAUCAACUGGGAGUCUGUAGUGAUGUUCCCAAACCGCAUGGUACUCAAAGGAGACAACGGAAACUACCUCCUUACUGGUACUGACGAGUAUUUGGGUUUUAGCAUCGGUAGACUCCGAGGAACAGAUACGGAAUUCGAGGUGACGCCAAGUCGAAACGGAGGAAUCCGCAUAAAGAGUCUUUCUAGCAAUAUGUUCUGGAGCAAUAAGAAUUCCUUGUGGGUAUUUGCGGACGGGUCUGAGUCGUCUGACAAGAUGACCCACAAAACUGAGAACGUAUUCCUCCCUGUCAAAUACGCAGAAAAUGUCGUCGCUUUCCGAGGCCUAAUAGACAACCUUUACUGCAAGAGACUCACGGCGUACGACAAGAUGGACUGCCUAGGUAGAGUCAACAAAUAUGUUGACGAGUAUUCUCGCCUGGUAAUUGCGGAUCCUGUUUUGUCUAGGAAAAUCGAUAACGUCGUUUUUCGGAUCCCUGCUGCAAAUACAACUAAAGGAAAACCCGUUGUGCUCAUCAACAAAAGGGUUGAAAAUAAGACCCAAUCGUCCAUGACGGUAGCAAUAGAUCUCAGGAUUUCAGAUACUCAUAGUAGUACUUGGAAUGCAAGCCUAUCUCUGAGUCUAGGUGUUAAAACAACCAUAACAUCUGGUGUGCCAGAGGUGGCGGAAGGAUCAAUUGAGUUUUCCGUAGAGUUUACCAGUUCGUACGAAUGGGGAGAAACGGUGGAAAGGGAAGUACAGAUGGGGUCUGUUUACACAGUUGAGGUGCCGUCUAAGAGCAUUGUGACUGCAAGUCUGAUUGCGGUACAGGGCACUGCUGGUAUUCCUUUUUCUUAUACUCAGACCGAUAUUCUGUCGGAUGGGACGGAAAAAAUCUAUGAAAAAGACGAUGGUUGGUUUGUUGGUGCUAAUGCCUUCAACGAAACCUUCAAAGUUGAGCAGACUGCCAUCCCAACAGCUAAACUUUAG